CGACAACCACACGACGCGGCGGCCGAGGGUCGAACCAUUCGCUCAACCGAGACUGUCUCUCUGUCUGCACUAUAGGAUGACGCUGGAGCCGCCCACGCCGGAGCAGCUCAAGCGCAUGAAGCAGGAGCUCGACCAGGACCCCGAGAUCACCAAGGAUGACGUGAAGCGGCUGCGCGAGUGGCUCAAGAAGCAGCCGCACCUUCCCAGCCACAUGGAGGACGAACGUUUGGAGCGCUUCCUGUACGGCUGCAAGUUUUCUCUGGAACGUACCAAGCACGUCCUGGACACGUACUACCGCGUCAGGGCCACCUCGCCGGACAUCUUCUGCAACAGGGACCCGCUCUCGGACGAGGUGCAGCGGAACAUUAAGGACAUGUCGUACUUCGUCCUGCCCAAGCUCACCUCCGAGGGAUACCGCGUGACCAUCUUCCGCCUCAACAACACCGACGUGGACAAGUUCAUCUUGCAGGAGCUCACCAAACGCGUCGUCAUGUGCCUGGACGUGAGGCUCAAGGAGGAGAAGUGCCUGUCCAACAUCAUGGUGGUCGACUUCCAGGGCUUCACCCUUCAACACUUCGCUAGGUUCUCCCCGACUCUGGCCGGAGUCCGCAAGGCGAUGCUCUGCGUCCAGGACGCCUUCCCUCUCCGCCUGCACCAGGUGCACUUCACUAACUGCAUGCCCAUCGUCGACAAGGUGGCCGCCGCUUUUACCCCGCUGCUCAAGGAGAAACUCGUCAAGAAGUUCUUCUUCCACUCUAACUUGGACAAACUAAAGCGCCACGUUGAUCCGGAGAUCCUGCCAAACGAGUACGGCGGCACAGCCGGCACCUUCCAGGAGCUUAAUGAUGCAUGGCGCAGCAAGCUCGAAGGCUACCAAAAGUGGUUCGCUGAGGAGGAGAAGAUCAGCAAGUCCGAUGAGAGCAGGAGGCUGAAGAAGAUGCCGCAAUCGGCAUCAGUGCUGCAGGACGUCUCAGUUGAAGGGUCCUUCAGGAAGCUAGUCAUAGACUGACUGACCAGCGCAACAGACGUACGACUGACCGCAUGCAGACUGCUGAGUGUUGUCUGCGUGUUAGUGUCAGUUUUCUCCUGUAGGCAGCGGAUCUCAGUCUGAGGCAGGGUCUGCUGAAGCGGAAGCUGGACAGUGACUGACGGUUUCCCCUUCUUGUCUAUGAACGCUGCAGCUGAGCUGUCUCAGAGCCGUUAAGAGGCGAAACGACUCGUGCUCCCGCGACUCUGCAAACAUGACUGUGAUUUUGAAAACCAAUGGGCUAUACGAAAGAGGGUCCACGACCCGUCCACGUCAGGUAUUUUACGUGUGAGUGGGAACCAAGCUGUUAGCACGCAGUGUGAUGCACAAAAUACUCUGAUGUGUGAUGUGCAGUGGUGAUCUCGCACAUUUGAGAUGAUUUAGGGGGAUAGCUAAAUCAUGCUAUGCUGUUUGUUUUUUGGGAGGGGAGAGGGGGGACCUGACCAACUGAAAAUUAAACAGCCCUAUACGACGUAGUUACUUUAAAAGAAAGUGUCCCAGUGAGAAAUGCAAUAUCGAACCGACGUCGAAUCUACGUCGAGAUCGUUUUUCAUCGGUUUGCGUCUUUUCGUCUAUGGCAAAAAGGCGUCGGUUUGGCGUCUUUUUGGGCUCAAAAUCGACGGAAUCCAAUUUUGACGCCCAUUCGACGUCGAUUCGAUAUUGCGCUUCCCACUGGGAGUAGAGAUUUCCGUUUGAAAUCUUAUGGUGGGUUCUCUGUUAUUUCUCUUCAGUUUUUAGCAGUUUUGUUUUCUAAGGCAGUUACUUUAUGUGAUAUAUCUAAUUCUUAAUGUACGACUCCAUAUUGAGUAGCGCCAACCAGCACUUCCUUACUAUUUUUCCCAAUAAAUAUUAAGCCACUUCGA